AUGUCGACUUGGAUGCUUCUCAAAACAGUCCCUUUCGCGAUAAUUCUUAUCGUGUUAUGGCUUGUCUUGUCUACUACACAUCGCGGUUCUAUUACAUCCUUCAACGGUUGGGAUUCAACCACGACUAAUGAUGGUUCCAAGUUUGAAGACACCCCUGAGUUCUAUGAUGAUCACAAAGUUGUAGAUGUUCCCAAGUUCGAAAACACUCACAAAUUCGAAGACGUCCCCAAAUAUGGAAAUGGCCCCAAGGUCGAGGAUGCCUCCAAAGUUCAAGAUGUCACUGACGUCGAGGAUACUGUCGAUGACGACCUAGUCAUCAACGAGAAGACCGGCCAGACAAGCGGGAAGACGUGGAACGCCGCCGAGUUCAAAAAGGCGUGGCUCGAGGCCGACGGUAAAGACUUCUACCAGAACCGCAUCUCGGAAGUGUGCCGCAAGGCAACCUGGCGCAAGGAUGUUGUCCUUCAUAUGCAACAGUCGCGCGGCGGACUCGGCAACGUUCGGGCCACGAUCCUAGAGUUCUUCCACGCGGCCAUACUCGUCGGCGCCAACGUUAUACUCCCUUCGUACGCGAUGCGUCGACCUAAAAAUGAGACGGAUGCCGGCCUCGGCUUUACAGACAACGACAUUGGCUUCCACGAUUUCAGUCAUUACUUUGACAAGGACUGGCUGUUGGAGACCAUGGGCGAGCAUUGCCCGCAGCUCAAGAUCUACCAAACCGUCGAAGAGGCAUCAGUCACGUCCAAUAUCUCGGAUAUAUACACCUGGGCGAACGCCCGCUCUGACAAGGACCCUAAGAAUACCGAGGCCGUCUUGAAGGAGCAGUUCAAAAAGUGGCUCACCUCCCAAAAGGCCUAUACCCCGGGGUCUAGAACGCUUGUUCCGGUGACGGCCACCCUCCUAAACUUUGACAUCCACUCGAGACCCAAGCUGCGCACAGCCCUGGGGCGUCUCUUGCGUAUAAAUCCAGACGUCAGGGGGCUGGCUGGUGAGGUGGUGUGGGCCAUGCGCGAACGAUACAACCUGAAGGAAACGCUGGACCCCCGCGACCUCGUUCCUCGAAAUUCGUACUGCGGCGUGCACCUGCGUACAGAGGACGACGCGAUCCGUGCUGGCUGGACAAACAUUUACACCUUUGACCAGCAAACGGACAUAUUCAUCGAGAUGUGCGGGCGUCUAGGGUUCCGUGUCAUCUACGUCGCUAGUGGACUGCAGGCGGACGUCGUCCGGUUCGCGGAAAAGGCGCGGGCGAGCAGUCUCACGGUACUCGGCAAACACGAUCUGUUAAGCUCGCCCGCCCAGGAGAUGGCCCUGACGUUGCUGUCGUGGGACCAGCAGGGCGCGCUGGAUUACGAGGUGCUCGCGCGGUCGAGUUACUUCAUGGGGCCGUCGGUGAGCAGUUUCACCUGGAGCUUGGCCAUCAGGCGAUACUUCAACAAUGUGGAUGUCGGCAGGGGGUCGCUCAAGUGGGUGAACCCGUACGCCGUGCAGGAGGACGAGCCGCAUGUCACGUACGACGACGGGAUCAGCCGGGUGAUCCUCAGGCCAAGCGAGAUAGACUACCUGCAAGACUUUUCUCCGAAGGGUAUGUUUCCUUAA